GGUAAUCAGUCAUCAAAUAAAGCAGUUGACUGCAGGUCGAUACAGACACUCUCACUGUUGUUUCUGUCACUCAAGGACACAAACACCACUGAUACAGAGUCUGGUCAUGUAUGUCAAGCCCAUACUAUGGCUCCUUCUCUUCAUCUCUGUCCAGGAGGUUUCCCUACAGGACUAUAAUGAUGAGUAUGAUUAUGAUCAUGAAACAUACGAGGAUCCACAGCCUCUGAACUGCUCAACCACAGAGAGCAUCAAAGGUGGACAUGUAACCUACUCACAGGGAGGGCUGGAGGGCAGUGUGCUGACCUAUCACUGUGGCCAUGGGCAAUACCCUUUUCCGGUCAGCCACAGGCUCUGCAGUGCUAAUGGGGACUGGUCACCCAUGAGAUUAGCCAAUGGCAGACCAGUGUCACGGGCCACAUGCAAAAGCGUGUUGUGUCCGGCUCAGCUCCAGCUGGAUCAUGGUGACUUCUGGCCCAGGGACCAGUGGCUCAGUGUUGGGACGACGCAGAGCUUCUCCUGCCAAGAAGGGUUCACCCUGUACGGGUCAGCACAGAGGAACUGCACCCUCACUGGGGACUGGACAGGAAACACUCCUGUCUGUGACAACCAUGCUGACGACUGUAAUGACCCAGGGAUCCCACCAGGGGCCCACAGGUCAGCGGGCCGGUUUCACACGGGAGAGAAGGUGAUCUACCGGUGUCAGGCUGGUCUGGAUCUGCUUGGGUCGGCUGAAAGGAUUUGCCUGGAGAACAGGGAGUGGAGCGGCUCAACACCACGGUGCCAAGGUCCAAAUACCUUUGACUCCCCCAGCGUGGUGGCAGAAGCCAUGGCAGGGUCUCUUGCAGGAGUCAUGGAUGUACUCUCACCAGACUCCAAAAGGAAAGGUGCAAGGAUGUCCUUUGGCCGAACCUUCCGUGUGGCUGAAGGCAGUCGUAUGAAUGUCUACAUUUUAUUGGACACAUCAGGAAGCAUCAGAAAGCAGGACUUUGAAAUAUCCAGGGAUGCCACCAUUGCUCUUAUCAGAAAGUUGGACAGCUACGAGGUACAGCUGAAGUUCCAUGUGGUGUCAUUUGCCAGCGAGGCUAAAGACAUUGUAGACAUCAAAGACUCGGAUACAAGUGGUAGCAUCGAGGAUGUCAUAUGGAAUCUGAUGGAGUUUGACUACCAUAGCCAUGGGCGUAGGACGGGCACCAACCUCCACGCUGCCCUGCACCGUGUCAGUGAGGCGAUCAGCUUCUUUAAGCAAAACAGCGCCAAGAACCAUUUUAAUGAGACUCAGAACAUCAUCAUCAUAGAAACAGAUGGUUACUCCAACACGGGCAAUAAGCCUCAGAUUGCCCUGGCCCAGAUCCGGAAUCUGCUGGGCUACCACAACACAUCCCACGAUAACACAGAUGAGACAAUGCUGGAUGUCUAUGUAUUUGGUAUUGGGGAACAAGUGAAGAGAGAUCAGUUGAACUCCUUAGCUUCAAAGAAACGUGAUGAGAAACACGUCUUUGUUCUGAAAGACUUCAAAACACUGGGAGAGGUGUUCAACAGCAUCAUUAGUGACAAGAGUGUGACGAUGUGUGGGGUAGCUCAGGAAGCCAUCUCCGAUGAAUAUGAGGAUAACACAGUCUACACCAAACCCUGGCACGUCACUGUGACAACGUCUAUGCCGUGUUUAGGAUCCAUUGUGAGCCAGAACUGGGUGCUGACAGCUGCUCACUGCUUUGCCAGAGCGAGCACAGACAAUGUGCCUCAGCAGGUGUUAAUCCAACAUGGUCAGGGCACGGUGGUGCCCAAGAAGGUGAUCAUGCACCCCAAGUACAACAUCAGGGCGCUCAAACACAGAAAUGUAUCUGAGUUCUAUGACUACGAUGUAGCUCUGGUACAGGUAAACAAGAGUAUCCCGCUCUCCUGGAAAGCUAGACCCAUCUGCUUGCCAUGUACCGUGCCAGCCAGCCGAGCCAUGAAGAAAGUCAACUCUACCUGUCAGCAGCACAGGAAGGAACUACUGCCACACAAGGAGACUGCUGCCUUUUUCAUCCAUAAGAAUUCCAAACGCAAAGAAACACAUAUUCAUACGGAGAGUCAGAGGCCUAGCUGUGUGGAGAAGGCAAUGCAAACACUCAAAGAGCCCACCAAUGUGACUUUGGAUGAAUAUAUACCGGACAGAUUCCUCUGUUCUGGGGGAUCCUCAGGAUACCAGGACGCUAUCACCUGUAAAGGUGACUCUGGUGGAUCCCUGUUUCUGCAAAAAAGAAAGCGCUAUUUUCAGGUGGGAGUAGUGAGCUGGGGCACCGUGAACGUAUGUGACCGACUCAGCUCAGCUCUGAGACAGUACAGCAGUGACAGGCCGCCUCCUGAUGCUCGAGACUUUCACAUCGACCUGUUCAAGAUAAUGCCGUGGCUGAAACAGCAUCUGGGUGAGGAGAUCCAGUUCCUGCCUGAGUUCGACUGAGAAUAAUCAAUCAGCCGAGAUCUCUUUGGAUUAACCCAUAAUAACGCAAUGCAGAAUUCAAUAGAGAUUUCCAAAGCUUUAUUGUCAAACGGAAUACCAUUGACUUUUAUAGCUGUGUUUCAGUAAAGUCACUUGAUAUUUUGUUAACAAAUCAUACACAACAUAAAAAAGUAAUUCUU